AAAAAAAAAAAAAAAUUGUAAAUUUAAUUUCUACGAUUGUGAAGGAAUGAAGGUAGUAAGUCCACCGAGUGGGCCGGGCCGAGAUUGGCGUGGCUCGCAACCGAGUUACGGCCUUCUCCACGGUUUUUGCUACAACUUGUGCACCGCUAUCUCUUCCUGCUUUUAUGUAUUCUGCUGCUGCUGGCUUAUAGAGGACUGCUUUCUAGGCCGUCGAUCUUUUCCCUCGCGGGCCUCACCUAUUUAUGGGUCGCCAGAACCACCUCCACCGCCUCCCCCAUAUGUUGGGCCUGGGCCUCAGGGUAUGUUAGGCCCUCUUUUAGGUCAGUCUGGCCAUUCACAUGUUGGACCUGAACCACAUGGAAUAUUAGGCCCACCCGGCCCAGUUGGCUACCCUUGAGAACUAGCGCCGUUCGGAUUGAUCAUGCGUACACACAUAAAUGUUGUUCAAAUAAUGUUGGCUACUCUUUGUUUUAAAUAAUGUUGAUUCGGUUUCAGUGGAUUCUGUAAAUUAUUGUAUUUAAAUAAGAUGAGAUAACAAAGUCUAAUUUGAUUGAAGGAUAGUAACAACCAAGUCAUGUAAGGAUAUAAUUGCACAAACUAUAAGAUUGUGGUUGUUAGGCAUUACAGGGUAGGAUAGUUGGAUUAAUCAUACGUUAUCCUAUGUAUGAUAAAGGCCUGACACGUUGGACUCGUCCGAGAUAAAGAUGGCAUUAUCUUGGAAUUGCAAGACUAAACGGUCAUGAGGAAUGGGCCUUCACGAGCUGUCUGUACAUGAACCUUGAACACCAAUGCCCAUUUUGAUCUAAAAUUAUCUUUAUUUGUAUCAAAGUUAAUACGUAACACAUGCGAUGCACAUGAUAGAGAUGUUAAAUGAAGCAUUCUUCCAAAAUCGAGAUUAGAUCAUUCAUUUUCCA